UAAAAAUUCGCGCGAUGAUGUAAUUAAUGCGACGCUAAUGCCAUCUUCAGACUUGACACAUGCGCUGUAAAAAGCGGCAAGUGUUUACAUGUAUCACAUGUUUAUAGAUUAUGUAUUGUUGAAAUUUAGAGUUAGUAAAAAUAAGAAAGUAAUUGUUAAUAGAAAAUGUUGAGAAUUAUUUCUACUUUGAUAAGGUCUCCAAUCGUUGAACCUUUAUGUUCACGAUUGAAUCCUAGUCAGUUCUCGAAUUGGAGAUGUCUUCAUUUAACAUAUCCACAGUUCAGAGAUCCAGAUAAAGAAAUGAGAAGAAGAUUACCGAAAAAUCGUCUUGCUGUUGAAGGAGAGCAUGUCGUAGAUAUCGAUGAAGUUAUUUCAAAAUCCAAUUUAUUCCCUGAUAUGCAUACACCUAAUAAAUUAUUCAAUGGGAUUCCUUUCAAAGAUGUUCCAGUAGUUACUAUUAAAGUUUCUAAAAAUAAUACAAUUAUGACAUUAAGAGAUUCUAAAAAUAUGACGAAAGCCCAGAAAAGUUGUGGCACAGAAGGUUAUAAAAAUGCUAAAAAAGGAACAAAUAUUGCUGCUCAAGCAACUGGUAUAGCAAUGGCUACAAGAGCAUUAGAGCUUGGUUUUAAAACAAUCCGAGUUUGUGUGAGAGGUCUAGGGCCAGGGAGAAUGGCUUCUGUAAAAGGUCUUGAAAUGGCCGGAAUGGAUAUUAUAUCGAUUACAGAUACCACUAGGGUAACCUGGACUCCUCUUCGUCCUAGAAAAGCUCGAAGAGUAUAAAUUUUUUAUGAAUUCAAUAAAUUGAAUAAUGAUGAUUAUUAUAUUAAUAAUUAAAAAAUCAUUUUAGAAUAAAAUUAUUUAUUAUUUUAUGUACAAGUU